GUCAUCGAGGCCCCGCGCCCGGAGUCGCGCGCGGCGGAAGCGGACGCGGGCGCCUCGCGUGCGCAGAGCGGCUUCGCCCGUGGCGGCCGAGGACUCUCGGGGCCCCGUCCUGCCCGGAACAAUGGAGCUCGGCGCGCGAGGGGCCGGGGCCGCGCUGCUCGCGGGGGCGCUGCUGGCGGGGGCGCUGCUGGCGCUGCUGGGGACGAGCCUGGACGCCGCGGGCCCCGCGGGAAAUAUUACUCUAUAUGUGCCUUCCAACCACACAAGUGGAUCUAAUGACACUGUAAAUGCAACAACUUCAGUUCCACUGGUCUCAAUCAAUGUGACACUUGUUACCGUGAAAUCCACAGCAACUCCACAAGUGGCAACCACAAAGCUCUCAACAAACGUGACUUCUACGACCAUGAAGUCCACACCCAGAGCAACAAGUGUUGCACAGAACGUAACCAAGAUGUCCACCGCCUCAGUGACCACCACCCACAGUAGUCUACCAGGACCUCUGGCAACAACUGUUCGUUCUGAAGAAAAUAAAGGAUCAAAAUUUGAUACUGGCAGCUUUGUUGGUGGUAUCGUGUUAACACUGGGAGUCUUAUCUCUUCUUUAUAUUGGAUGUAAAAUAUAUUACUCAAGAAGAGGCAUUCGGUAUAGAACCAUUGACGAGCAUGAUGCCAUCAUUUAAGGAAAUCCAUGGACCAAGGAAAGGAGAAAAACUGCAGCUCUAUCAACUAAUCUCGGUUAUUACUUUAAAUUGAAAAUAAUGUAAGAGGCCAUGCUUACAUUGUGCAGUGCAUUACAUAAGUGCAUGAGGAUUCCUCAUUCCUAAAGGUUUGGUUUUAAAUUACUAUAACAUAAUUUAUACACUGAUUAGAUUCACUUUGGACAAACAUGCUAAGAUAAGACCUCUGUCUUUUUCUUUUUGUGGCCCUGGUCACAUGGGACCAAUAAUUAAAAGGUGACCUCAAAGGGCAGGAUUCCAAGUGGGUCCACAAGUCAGGCACUUAUCACAACAUUUAGGAUCUUUUGCGCCUUUCUUGUUCACACAGGGAACUCCCAGCUUUCCAGAGCUGGAUAUAUUCUAAUUCCUAAUGCCACACAACAGUCUAACGCAAGAAAGCACCAUGAUGUUUUUACAGUCUAGUAACUCACCUAAAAGCAGAAUACACUCUUCAAAUAAAACCCCAAACAAUGCACUUGCUUUGCUCUAUUAGACACUCUUUAGUUACAUUUGAAGAAUAUGCAUUUCUGUUAACUUUUUUGAGCUUUCAUUGUUAGAUUAUUUUCCCCUCUGUAUUUCAGGCAAAUCUCAAUGUUAUUUAGGCAAAAUAUAUGAUAGUGCUAUAAAGAUUUGGUUGUAAGAUGUAUUAUAGGAAAACACUCUUUGCAAAUUAUUUGCUACUGUGAAAAUAUUAUCACUGGAAAUUGCUUUUCAUAUUCACAUCUCUAUUUUAUUUUUAUAUUUAGUGAAUUUUGCUUUCAAUUUUUAGAAAAUGUUAAUGGAAUGUAAAAGCACCUAACUUUUUUAAAAGCCCUAGCUGAUUUCCUAAACAAUAUUUAGAGCUGUAGAUUGUCAGAACUGUAGAUGAAAGCUGUGUUUACUAAAGCAGAGCCAAAAGGAUUUCCCCAGCUUGCACACCUGCAUUUGAGUACACUGUAGUUUCACUUGGGCAUGGGGAAAUGACAUUUUAUACAUCUAUUUUUGAGUAAAUUCUUAUUUUAGAUAGAAACUUUGCUUACCUGGGUAUCCCCUAGACAACUCCUCUUCCUCCUUUGCUAUCGGGGAUAGGAGGUACUUUCAGAUGCACUAUGUUAAGAGAAAAAGCACAGUAUUACAGAAACACCAGUGCUAACCAAUGUAUUGUUGCAGCGUUUUCACAGUUUUACAGUUUAUAUUCCAGCACUCAAACUCAGGGUCAAGCUUUAAUAAAAGGGGAAACUCACUAAAUACUAAGAUAAUGUUUCUGUCCUAGAGGGCCAAAGUAAACCACACCAAUUUCUGAAAGCAAAAAUGAACAAAAAUGUCUUGGUGCAUAUACACCUACAUUUAG